CACAAGCCAGAACCUUAGCAACCGAAACCUAAAAAAAUCUUCUGUCCCGACUGGUCGUACUUUGUUCUUUCAAUCUCCUUAUCUGAGAAAUGGCGCCCGACCCAGAUGCAGAGCAAAAAGCUCAACGCCUGAAAGCACUAGCAGAAGCUAAAUAUAAGAAAUCAAACCUUAAAUCAGCUCUAAAACAUGCCAAGAAAGCCCACCGUCUUUGUCCAAACCUCGAAGGCAUCUCCUCAAUGCUCACUGCCUUUGAAAUUCUCCAGGUGGCCUCCAAAGCCAACGCUGCUCCAGACUGGUAUAAAAUCCUCCAGGUAGAGCCCUUUUCCCAUAUAAAUUCAAUCAAGAAACAAUAUAGAAAACUAGCAUUAACUUUGCACCCUGAUAAGAACCCAUAUUUAGGAUGUGAAGAAGCGUUUAAGCUUGUGGGUGAAGGGUUUAGGAUAUUUUCAGAUAAGAUAAGGAGGAAAGAAUAUGAUAUGAAGCUUAGGAUUAGGAUUCAGGAGGAACGGAUUGAUGGAUUGGAAGGGAAUGGUCUAGUUGGUGAGACGUUUUGGACUGCGUGUUCGCGGUGUAGAUUGUUGCAUAAGUUUGAAAGGAAGUAUUUGGGACAUAAUUUGGUCUGCCCAAGUUGUAAGAAAAGCUUUUUGGCCGUGGAGGUUGAUGGAGAUGGUGGUGACGGUGAAAGUGAGGAGGAGGAGGAGGAGGUGGUGGCUUCGGUUAGAGUGAGCGAGAGAGUGAAGAAGAGAAAGAUGGGUUCAAAGGAGAAACUGGAUAGCCCUAAAAGUGUUGGAUUGGAGGGGGAAAAGGGUAGUGGUGAGACCAUUAGGAGUGCGGGGUUAAGGAGGAAAGCUAGUGGUGAUAAUUUGAAGGAGAAAGAGAUUGCGGAGGCGACAGUGACUCUUGCAGAAAUGCCGUUUGAAAUGAGAGGAAAGAUGAAUCAAGGAAGGCAAAAAUUGAAUGUAAAAGAAAGGGUGAAAGAUGUGGGUGAAAAGGAGAGGGAAAAAGAGACAGACAAGCCUAAAAAAAAUAGAGUUUCAAAGAAUGAGAAACAGAAAGCAUUGGAGAAGACUAGGGAUUUUGAGAUAGAGAGUCAAGGACCUUCAAAGACGAGUGAAAAUCUGGGGAUUAUGACACGUGCAACUAAGAAAAGGAGUGUAGAUUUGGAAGCUAAGACUCGAGAGGGUGGGAAGAAGAAUCAAAAUUCAGAGAGCAGAAAGCAAGGGACUUUUAGAAAGAGAGUGACUUCGGAGAUUGAGAAGCGACAUGGUUCAAAGAGUGCGGACAUGGAAACUAUGGCUGUGGAGGAUUCAGAUUUCUAUGAUUUUGAUAAAGAUAGAUCAGAGAGGAAUUUUAAGAAAGGGCAAGUGUGGGCUAUAUAUGAUGAUGAUGGAAUGCCUAGGCAUUAUGGUUUGAUUGAGGAAGUAUGUUCAGUAAAUCCUUUUGAAGUGAAGAUGAGUUGGUUGGACUUUCAGAAGAAUGGGGAUGACAGGUUGAUUAGUUGGGAGAAAAUGGGAUUUCAUCUAUCUUGUGGGAGAUUUAAGGCUGCCAGGAAGAGUUCCAUUAACUCCGUGAACAUCUUUUCACAUAUGGUAGAAUCUGAAAGGGAAGCAAAGGAAUUUUAUAGGAUUUAUCCAAAGAAGGGCUCAGUUUGGGCUCUUUAUAAUGAAGCUAAAUUAGGUGUUGCAGGAAGAAACCUUUCAGCUAGAGAAAAGCACUGCUACGACGAAGUUGUGCUUUUAACUACCUACAGUGAGAUUCAUGGAUUGAGCGUGGCAUAUCUUGAAAGGGUUGCUGGAUUCAGGACAAUAUUUAAGAGACAGGAGAUUGGAUGUCGGGCUAUUAGAUGGCUUGAAAAAGAUGAUAUUCAGUUGUUUUCGCAUCAGAUUCCUGCAUGGAAGCUUUCCGGCGAUGAUUUUCCUGAUCUUUUGAAAGACUGUUGGGAACUUGAUCCUGCUUCACUUCCUCCUGAUCUUCUUUCCAUUAGCCGGUGUAUUUCAGAAACCUGAUUUGCUUACUGUAUAGUUUUUGCUUAAUUGUUUUGGUGGAUUCUCUUUUAUAUAAGUUGAGCACCCUGCAGAGGCAAAUAAUGAAUUUCCCACACCUUUACAAUGUGGCAACUUUCCGGACUUUUUUUUUAACUGGUACUUCAAUGAUGAACAUAAUUUGUAUUGAUUAUCUUAUUUUGGAUGAUGAACAGAGUAUAAGUUGCUUUUCAUGAUUUAACUUCAUGCUCCAACCUUUC